CAGCCGUCAGAAAUCGGAAGGCGCGCGCUUUCUCGAGCGCUCGUGUGUGCCACUUGCCCCGCCACUCGAGUGGCCACUCUUGACGAGAGUGUGUUUUUCUACGAUCUCACCACCAUGUCUGACCUUCGACGAGUGCACCGUUUCCGCGACCAGGCCGUCGCAGGCAUCAACUGGCGACCAACCCGCUUUGUCGACGAGGUGCCCAGUCUGCGUGUGUGUUGCCUCUGCCGCAUGAUUCCCAAGACGGUACUGGCGCUUCCCUGCGGCCACCUCCUAUGCCAGUCGUGCCUCGCAGCCAGCUCCCAUGGAAGCGGUGGACGGUGUCCCUUGGAUCGAGAGCCGUUCAAAGAGGCGGAAUGUUCCACCUGUGAUUUGGCUACGAGAUCAGUGAACGCCUUGAAGGUUCACUGCUGGAAUGAUGGACAGGGAUGCAAAUUUGAGGGAGCCAUGGAGAUCAUGCUGCGACACUAUGAAAACGAAUGCACAUUCCACGCCGUGGAAUGUUUCCGAUGCGGCGAGCAAGUCCUGCACAGGGAACUGCCAACGCACUACGCCGCCGGAUGCAGUGCAGCUGUUUGUUUAACUAGCACUAAGGACACACCAUCGGUCUCUCAAGCCUUGACCCGCCAAGAUGUGACGGCUGCCCUCGUAGAACUUAAGACGCUGCUGAAGGGCGCCAAUCAGGAGCUGCUGCUACCUGCGAUUCAGAGUCAAAUAAAUGAGCUAACUGAACGGAUCAGGAACUUGGAAUCCACGUCGGCCACGAUCACUCAUGCUGUCGCGGCAACUGCAACGUCAGAUAUGGCUCGAAUCGAAGUGCCGAGUCCCUCGGCCUCGGUGAAGAGGGAAACUUCUCGGCAGAAUCCAACUGAAGAGGCAAGCACGUCGUCGACGUCCCGGUCCAGCUCGGGGGAGAAGUUGAUGCCUCAACAGCUGGGACCCCUUGUGGACUUGACACGAGAAGUUAUGAAAGGCAUGCGCAAAACUUCAUCGCAAGAUUAUCCUCAGCAUGCCAUUACUUAUGUCCGUGGGAAUGCUCGAUGUCAAUUAGAGUUAGGUGGGAUGUUGCCAACAGCAGUUACGUGGAGGGAAGUACGUGGAACCAUGAAAUAUAUUCUGACGCUCGAAAAUUUUUUUUACUCGUCGCUCAGCGCACACAACCUGGCUGAUGCCACAGUGUUGCACACAAGGGACGCGUACUUGACAUUUAAACUUUUCGGCAGUUUCGCUGACCUUCGUGUGGAUAUUACGUUUCAUGGCAUGCGUGGAGAAUCUAAAAGUUUGGCUCCCGUUUUUUUCUGCAAGGUCUACUGUCUUAACACAGGUAGAAUUCUUCCAAUGUCUAUGCAUGAAGAACUGCAGGACUGUAAGCACGAUCGAAACUUAUGGACGCAUCGUGGCCUCAUAUAUACCAUAGGCUGUGGUACCCUGUCACAGAGAAACGACAGAGUCGGAAUCAAGGUGGAACUUGAGCUUUGUCAUCAAUGAGAACUCCCGGGCGCAAACUUCAGUGCGUACUUUUCGUUUAGUGAGUGAGUGCAUUCUGUUUCUUUACUUUGUAUGUCCAGCGAUAUCGGAGUUAAGUCGCACGAUCACACAACCAUGAAGCCUAGAGCUUUUCAGCAUUGGGCGCAUAAAUAUUGCACUGCUUGACCUAUUUUGCAUUUUGUGUGCGUGUGAAUUUGUGUAAGUGAAGUUCCGAGAUUCUGUUGGAAGCUUCGGUUCCCGAAUAAAGCACGUUGUGCGUCUGUUUCAAAAAAUAAA